AUGUCUUGGGAUAUUGAUAGAUACAGAGAGGAACACGAAAGCGAAGAGCAUUGGCAAUUAAGAAGAGAAUUUAUGGAGAGGUGGAAAAAUGAAUACUCAGAAGAAAGGUUGGUUUGCCUGGCGCAAGUUUUCGCUAAUAUUGAGUUUUUGGGCUGCCGGUAUCCUAUAGAAACUAUGCAGGACAUAGCGAGACUGUCACACGAUAUAGCAAAGGACUAUCGGAGUGAAAAGAGAAGUAAGUUGCAAAGGACUUUUGUUUCGGCAUCCGAUGCUGCAGAAGAUCGAGCUAAAGGGAUCAAAAGAGAAGGUGGUGUUAUCAAAGCUGCUCCAAAUGCGAAGUCUCAGAAAAUAGACUUUGUCAAACAGGGAGAGAUUGUUGAUAUUCAAGAGACAUCUGAUGAAAUUAUUGAAGUACCAGGCUCUGAUGAUGAAAAACAUUCAGAGAAUGCUACAAUUAAUGUGACUGAGUGUAGCAACGAAGUUGAUGAGAAAUUGUGUUAUAAAUCUAAUAAAGUUCUUAGUAAUAGAUAUCUAGAAGAAAUGUCGAACAUGAGUUGCUUAAACAUUGAGCUUUUUAGAAAGAGUAUGUUUAAUACAUCAUUUGGCAAAUUUGUACUGAUAGUCCGAACAUGGAUACCGAAAAUAAAUAACAUACAAUAUAGUUGUGACUCCUGUAAACUACGACUGGAUACACAGUAUGAAGAUAAUAUCAUGACACUGACACUAAACGGAAAGCAAUUAGCCCAGGCGUCUGGUUCAACCAAGGGGUCAGCCAAAAAUAAUAUUGAAAAAGUAGCUUGGAAUAGACUAAUCGAGGAAUCCAUUUGCCUCCUUAUAAAGGAGCGGUGGAUAGCUCAAGAGGAUAGACAGAUAUCUAUGUGCGAUGUAUCGGGAAGGAAGGCGAGUAUUGAGACUUUCGGGACUCCUAUUGAGAGCACUGUCGCCACGAAAAUGAUGAAGCUGAUGGGGUGGAAAGGUGGCGGCUUAGGGGCUAAUGCACAGGGGAUCGAUGAACCAAUAAAGCCUAAGUUGCAAAUGGUAAACCGUGCCGGUCUCGGGAGCAAGUCUUUGAAUAUGUCGCAACUUCGUCGCAAAGGCAUGGAGCUGAUGAAGAGGUUUUUCGCCUCCGACGAGCUGGACGUAGAUCUGGUGUUCAGUAAUGAGUUCAGCAGCGAUGAGCGGAGUGUUCUCCACUUGUGCGCUAAACGGGCCGGUUUGGCUUCGAAGAGUUAUGGCGCUGAAGCUGAAAGAUUCCUAGUGGUUAAGAAGAAAUUAGACAUAUUCGCCAAGGUUGAAGAAGUGGUCGCAAAAGGAGUGGGAAGCUCGUUCAUAAAACCAAAUAAUGUCCCGAGAGUUGGGAGAAGCAACGAAGCAGAUGGUCCUUUUGACCAGGGAAUGAUGGGAUAUGUCAUUAAAACUAUCCCUAGUAAGAACAUACCACGAAUGGGAAGAAGAAAUUUUGACUCGGGCAGCCGCUACGACAUUCCGAAGUUGUACCAGCUCUCUUCGAAUGACUUGCAACCCUAUGAAGAUGGCAGUCAAGAUGAACAAGUGCGCGAAUCUCUCUUCGAAACAAAAUAA